AUGAAUUUGAAUCUAUGGAACAGCAAAGAUAUGUCUAGCACUCCCACAAAAAUGGGGCCUAAUAAAUCAUCCAGCUGGACCAGUGUUCCUAGUGAUUACAAUAGUAUGAGUGACUCUCAGUGCCUUUUUGGUUCCCAGUUCUGUCCAGAGAACUCACAGUCAGCAUCAGUCCCACUUGAAGUUAGUAUCCAACAAAGACAAGGCAGAAGCUCACAGCAAAGUUCUCAAGAUAAUGAGCCCAGUAUUUUUGCCAAAUACCAGUCUAAGCCGCAGCUCUUUGGAGGAGAUGGAAAGGAAAGGGGCUCACUUAAUUUUCCUGCUGGGAGAUUCAAAAGUGUCUUAGAGCAAUUUGAAGAAAAUAAGAAAAAGAUCAAGGAAAAAUAUGAUAAUGAGGUUUUAAACUCUUUUGUUUUGAACACCAAAGAGAGUCUGCAAAGGACCCAGAAGGUGGUGCUGGGGGACUCCUGUUCUACUCCUUGGCCGCUGGCCUGUGGUGUCUCUCAUGUGCAAGAAACUUAUCAGUCCCAUUAUGGAUUGGUACUGAAUGCUCUGAAAGACAGAAAUGAAAUGGAGCAGGCAUUACUGGGAAUGGAAAAACGACUGCAAGAUAAAGACACAGAAAUCUCAGGUCUGAACUCCAGUCUGCAAUUACUAAAAGAGAGUCUGGAUCAAUUAACAGCUCAGCAGAAUGAGCAACACCUGAAGCUCUGUGAACAGUUAGGGCACAUGAAGCUCCCCAGUCUUUUGGCUGAAUUGGAAACAUUCAUUUCUGCACCCAGAGUACCCAUUCAUUUAAAGGACAAUGCUUCCCAGACUUCUCCAGACAUGCUCUUGACCCAACUACCUUACAAUCCCCACCUUAGUGUUUUAAAUAUUUCUCCUGGGAUCCAGGUGGGCAGGACACGGGUCGUUGUUGGCACUGAGUGCGAAUUCGGGCACGGGGUGGGGGAGGCGGCUGUUCCUCCGCCGCCUCCUGUUGCUCCUUCCCGUCCUUCGCGGUCCCUGCUGGCCUGA